GAGACUGCGUGACGUCACCCCGCGCUCCCCGGCUAGGGAUGCAGACUAGGGGAGAAGGGGGAAGAGUUCGACUGAGCGGUGAGCAACGAGCCCCGUUACCGGUGUAGCCAUGCAGGACAGCAUGAGAUUUGCUUCAGCGGGAGAUGAUAUUAAAAUAUGGGACUCUUCAUCCAUGACCGUUGUUGAGCAGUUUAAUCCACACAGUCCGUCACAUGCUGUAUCAUCGUUGUGUUGGAGCAGUAACAAUCAUUUUCUGGUCACCGCUUCUAGCAGUGGUGAUAAAAUAGUUGUUUCUAGCUGUAAGUCGAAACCUGUUUCUCUUUUGGAGCUUGGAGAUGGGAAACGGCAGACCUGUGUUAAUUUAAAUUCAAGCUCCCAGUAUGUAGUCAGUGGCGGUCUUGAUAAUACGGUCAACAUCUGGGAUUUGAAAUCUAAAAGACUUCAUCGAUCAUUAAAGGAUCACAAGGAUGAAGUAACGUGUGUUACAUUUAAUGGAAAUGACUGCUAUGUUGCCUCGGGCUCUUUGAGUGGAGAAAUCAUAUUGCAUAAUGUAACCACCAAUUUAUCCAGCACACCUUUCGGCCAUGGAAGCAGCCAGCCCAUUCGCCAUUUGAAGUAUUCAUUUGUAAAGAAGUUUAUGCUGGGAACGGUAUCAGACAGUGGGAGCGUAACUCUUUGGGAUGCCAAUAGCCAAACCCCUUAUCACAUGUUUGAAAGCACUCACAAGGCACCCGCCUCAGGGAUCUGCUUCUCUCCAGUAAAUGAUCUGCUGCUUGUGACCAUAGGACUGGAUAAAAGAAUUAUUUGCUAUGAUGUGUCCAGGAAGCUGCAUCUACAAACUGUAGUGGCCGAGUCACCUCUCACUGCUUUUGACUUCAUGCCAGAUGGUCUAACGCUUGCAGUUGGCUCGUCUCGCGGUAAGAUCUACCUUUAUGAUUUGAGAAUGUUGACCUCGCCAGUGAAGACUGUCAGCGCGCACAAAACAUCUGUGCAGUGCAUCCAGUUUCAACACAGUAUUUUCAAGUCUAGCAAAGGUUCCUCGAGUAAGUUGUCUAGUAAGAAAACCUCAAUUAAGUCCAGUGCUGUUGUUGGAGGAGCACAUGGUGCUAACCUAGGCAGAGAUUUGCCGCCCGCGGUGUCUGCUUCAACAUUACCUCAGCCGUCCAUGACUGUGCAGAGCAAGGGGAUCGAGCUAAAUGAGGAAAAAACAGGCAUGCCACACAGUACAAGUCUUGAUAUCAUCCCAUCUAAAGAAACCGAUUACACAAAAGCCUCGUUGGAUUCUUUUGGAAGAAGUAGUUUAGGGGACGUAUUCUCCCCAGUGCGAGAUGAUGCAUUACAUCUUAAAGCAACUGAUGACUUUGUCUCCAAAGGAAAUGAUCUUGAUUACCUUGGUCAAUACAAUACAAUUCCUUCAACAAGACGAAAUCCUGUUGGUGCCAACUCUCAAGGCAUACAUUCGUCCCCUUUGCACUUAAUUAUUGGAAGCCCUAUAAAAGAAGAAGAUGAAAGUCCUGAUCCAGAAACAAGAACAAGGAAACCACAUUUUUCUAAACAAGAAAUGAGAGAGAGUACUAAAUUGCUUUCAAAAACACAGAACCCAGAGCUAAUUAACCUCAAUACUUCACCUGUUCCUGUUAUAUCUCGGACUCCAGAAGCUAUUGAAAGAACAGGAAAGCAGAUUAUGUCCCAGAUGAAACAGGAUUUCCCUUCCAACGGCAACUUGGUGGCAAGUCCCACAAAGGUACCCACAUCGAGCAGUACUGAUGUUGCAAGUUCAUUGUCAGAAAAAAUUGCAGACACUCUUGCUAGUGAUAGAAGUGCAGCCCCGUUAACAUCUGUUCAAAUUAACUUCAUCAAAAAUAUGAUUGAAGAAACACUUGAUGACUUCCGGGAAGCCUGUCACAGAGACAUAGUCAAUUUGCAAGUGGAAAUGAUAAAACAGUUUCAUAUACAGUCGAGUGAAAUACAUACGUUACUAGAGCGGUAUUCUAUCAACGAGGGCUUAGUCGCUGAAAUAGAAAAGCUUCGGGAAGAGAACAAGAAAUUACGUGCUCACUUUUAACAAACCAAAAGGGAAGACUUUUUCACACGAUAUGGUGGGGAGUCGCUUCUUUCACCUUUCUUCACAUAAGGGGUUAAAUAGUCUAAAUCUGUAGACAUCUUCAAUUUCAAGGAAUU